CACUACCACCACGAAACUCCCAAGGUGAGGUCAUCGCAUGAAUAACUUUCAACCUUAACACAUUUGCAAUAAGCACCACACGCUCUUCAGAUCGCGCAGUCUUCGCGUUCGUUAUUUACAUUAUAUCAUGCACUAAGCACUGACGUUUCAAAAGUGAAUAUGAAAUUGUUAAUUUUAAUAAGCAUUGUGUCUGUGGUGAGCUGUGAAUGCGACAGUUACGCGUCAUGCUUAGAUUCAUUUGUUAAUAACUUCUUCAAGAAUGUUAAUUCUUUCGAGCCAAGCGAAGUAGAGGAAGAUACACGGGAUUUCGUAGAUUUUGGAAGAGAUAACAUAAACAAAAUACUGUCUGGUGUGUCUGGAUUUCUACACGAUGAAAUAAACGGCUCAUUGGAUUUAGAUGCAGAAUAUCACUCGCUAACUAAUAAGAACGGUACGAAAAUAUUUGUUAAAACGUUCGUGAUCAAUGAUGGACCUAACUUCGACUUGCAAGAUGAAAUUUUCGAUGAAACGUAUACAGAUCUUGCAGAUUCUUAUAUAGAUAAGGAGUCACAAAUAAUAAAAAAUGUUGACAGUACAGAAUCAACUCACACAGAUGAAAAUUCGGUAGCAACGGAAAAUAUACCUAUUAAAAACAAUAACAGUUCCACAACAGAACGAAUUACGCAUUCAGAUAAAAACAUAGAAGAAAAUGAAAUCCCAGAUGAAGAUUAUAACAUUGACGAUAAUUCUACAGACUAUUCAAACAUAGAUUAUAUUGAAUUGUAUAAAGAUACGACUAACGAAGACAUCGGAUACACUACAGAAGCCCAGAUUAAAGACACAGUAGACAAUGUUAAAAUAAAAUCACACGCCUCCGACAAUAGAAAUAAAACAUAUUACCACUCAGACUCCUGUCCAGGCGGAACGAGUGAUGACGUCACAACCGUGUACUCCUGGAUAGCCGCCAUCUUUGUUAAAAAUGGCGCGGAUCAGUUCCAGUACUAUUGUGAUGGCGCUAUACUCUCUCCGAACGUUAUAAUAACAGCUGCAAGUUGUGUUAACUCCACCAGCGCUGAGGACAUCAUCGUAAUACUGGGGAAGACAUCGCUGCAACUGAUACAGGAUUCGGAAAAGAUGACUAAGAUAAAAGAAGUGAUUAAACAUCAGAACUUCUCAAACACGAGCGACGAUCUAGCGAUUCUGAAGACGGAAGAUGCGAUCGAAAUAUCAGACACGAUAUCCAUUGCUUGUUUGGACGACGGUGAUACAUACACUGAUGCUCUGACGACCGGAUGGGCGAUUACUGGCAACUUAACAACUAUUGGUUUUUAUAAAGAGAUGAGUGAAGAAUGUUCCACAACAAGCAGUGUUUGCGGAGUUUAUAGAAAUGAUAUAACCCAUUGUCCCAGUUUUGGGGGUAUAUUCGCCGCGAAACGCAACGGGUGGUACCUCAGAGGUAUACGGAGUACCGAGGUCGAAGAUCGUGCUAUGUGCAUACAUGCCCCUGUCCAUUUUACGCCUUUGUACGCUUAUAUUGAUUGGAUAAAAGAAUAUUUGUAAUAAAUAGUUUAUUUUC